UCUAAAAUCUGGUAGGAGAGCUCCAACUGAAUGGAAACCCCAGACGACAACCAUUGCCAUUCCACCGGCAUUGAGAGCAGCUUUGCUUUCCAACAUGAAAAUCAGAAACAUCUCUCUCCAAAUUCACAACCUGAAUCCGACGUCGUCCAGUGCUCCUCAGAUGCUGUGGCCAGAGGGCUGUCUUCGACGCUCGCCACUGUGAUCCGGGACUUCGACUCCAGAGCUCAGGACACUAUCGGAAGCCAGGACCAGCUCUCCUCCGCCCUCGAUCGUCUUACCCGAGAACUUGAUCAAUUGUUAGAAGAUGCACCCUUGCCAUUCAUCAUGCAGCAUGCUGCCAAGAUUUUGGGUGUUAGAAAGAGAGUCUCUUCAUUGAAUUCAAUUCUAAAAUCCAUACAGCAUCGAGUUGAUAAUAUAGACCGAAUGCUAUCUGUGGGCAUGCUACAUGAGAAGAUGGGAAUCGAAAGUUCUGGACAUCAUUAGGGUACGUCAUGUAAUCUUUCCUAUAUGUUCCUUUCUUCUUCAUUAUUUUUUUAUUUUUUAUUUUUUUGUUUUUGUACUUGCAUUCUAUAGUUUUUCAGUCGUAACAGGGAUUGCAAGAUUAUGAAUCCAGAUUUUUCAGUUGUAGUUUUUCUUUUACUCUCUGGUAAGGAGAGCCUCACUCCAGCUGGUAGUGAAAGACGGCCAAGUUUUGUUUUGUUGUGAAGAGACUGGUCGGUAUAAUCUUAGAACCUCGUGCAAAAUCAUCUUCAUCUGUGAAUUGAAAUGUAAGAUUGCUUUACCAAACUUUAUACGCUUUAUGGCUUCAAGAACUCGU